AGGACCCCAUCAGCAAAUACUUCAAAAGAUAAAAGACCCAGCUCUAAUAUCCAUUGAUACCUACUUACGCAGAAUAAGGAAACGGAUGAAAGUAGACAGUGGAGUUAUUUCUGUGACGAGCCACGACGGUGCUCCUCACGCUCAACAUGUAAAUGAGGACAGCUUCUUGAGACCUGAAUACACUGAGCUCGCUGACCGGAAGAAGCUCGACGCCGCAAACACCUUUUUCGAGAAGCGGUGCGCACCGAAUUUUCCCGGAGUCGAGAACAUUACCACGGAGGAGAUUUUGGAAAAGAUCGGUAAAGCACAAGCAAGAUCUGGUGUGAAUGAUGGGGAGGAAGCACGAGGUGAGGAAGAAGAAGAACACGUAGUUCUUUUGGUUGACUGCCGUUCGGCGCAAGAGCAGAACGUUUCUAAAUUUUCUGGAGCACUUACGAAGGAAGAAUUCGAAGAAAAGAUUUCACAUGCAAGCAAAGUAAAAGGACCAACACCCACAACCAUUGUUCACGUCGUCUGUUACUGCACGAUUGGAGGGCGAAGUGGCGAGUAUGCGCAGCAGCUGAAGAAGAGGCUGGUGAAAGACGGCGAGCCGGGUCGUGAGAAUAAGGGUUCAAGUGGUAGCGCUGGUGUUACUACCUACAAGAUUUACAACUACAAACUGUCCUUGAUCGAUUUCGCGCAUAAGAAUAAGCCACCAGGAGCAGCACCAGCAAGGCUGUCACCUCGGACGGACGCAUUGUCAGCACAUCUUCAUCAAGGCAACUACACUCGCAUUUCGAGACUCGAACUUAUCGACCCGAAAACGAACCAGCCAACGAACAAAAUUCACGCUUGGGGUCUCCUGUUUGCUGAUUUUUUCCCUGAAAGGAGUGGAACAACGGGAAAGGCAAGUCCUUUUGAUGUCACAGUCCUACCUAAACCCGAAGGCCGCGAAGGGCGCCCCUGGAUGCUGUUUUUGACCAACAUCUGGCAUUUUGUUUCGAAGCCGUUUGGGUAA